GCGGUCAUGGGUAUGUUGAGAUUGGUCAGUGUCACGUGGUUGUACCCCAUAAGAGCCUGUAGAUGUAAUAAUUACCGGUACCGUAGCAUGGAAUGUCGGGCUUUAGUAUAGUAUUAGCUUCUUCCUCCCUUUUCGAGACAUGUUUUUAGCGAAAAGAGCCCAUGAGGUGUUGCUUCGCCUUCUCCUUUUCCCAGCAGGCUCUGGGGGCCUCCCACGUCCUAAUGCAUCAGAAGUUCUAACAGAGCACCUUUUGCAGCGGAAUUUACCUCCCUGGACUUCCUACUGUGUUAGGUACAGCUCUGUUUCCAAUGACCAGUUUGCUCUGUCCAACUUCAACUGGGACGUGAAAGGGACAAAUUACCAUAUCCUCCGAACAGGCUGCUUCCCAUUCAUUAAAUAUCACUGCUCCCGAGCUGCCCCCCAGGACCUGAGGCUCCACAACCUUUUUUUCACGGCACUCAAAGCCAUAAAUCUAGGCAUCCCGACACUGAUGUAUGGUUUGGGGUCCUGGCUGUUUGCCCGAGUCACUGAGACUGUCCCAACCAGCUGCGGGCCAGUGACUAUCUACUUUCUCAUCAAGGAGGACGAAGGAGCCUUGUUCUGAGAUAGACUGCAACAUGGUUCUCUAACCUUCUGUUCAAGUUGUCCCUUGGCACCUUCAUUUCCAUUUCACUCACCUUCAGUCCUACCCGCCACCUCACAUUUCUUUAGUGCGUACUUUCACUUUCCCCUUUCGUUUUCCUUCCAUUUCGGUCUCAUUCUAUCCCUUUUCCAUAUUUCCACAAGAACUAACGAGUAUCAAAUAGGUUUCUGCCCUUUUGCUAGAACAUAUUUAUUUUAGUAACAUGUUUGACAAAUGUAAAUGAAGGCUAUUCUUCUUAUUUAA